UAUUGCAUCUCCCCCAUACAUAUAUACAUACAUACAUACUAUACCAUAUCAUAUCAUAUCGCGAACGCGGCCAGUGUCAGCAGUCAUCUAAAUAGAGAGGUGCCUAUUGGACGGUCGUCCGCGUGGCCUUGCAAGGAAUGGGGAGCGCAAUGCAGUUUAUUUGGUAUUAUCGUGCUCACUUCGUUUCCCUCGAACGGAAGAAAUCAAGUGACCACUCAAUCAAGCGACUCGGCAAAGGGGGGGCCUGAGCCAAUCACCGCCGCUGUUCGGCCAAAAAUUGCUAUUUAGCCCUUCCCCCUUUUUGGGAAACCGUCUCGCUGUGCGUCCGGCACUUCGUCCACUACCCUUUCCCAUCGCUAAGGCGAUGAUCGGCGGUCCGCGACCAAUCAGAAGCGUCCGAAUUUAAUAUACGCGACGAGAAGGACUGACAAAAUUGCCUCUCUGUAUAUUGUCUUGUUAGGUAAAUCUUAUGUCCGUCCUCCCUGGAGUUUUAUGUCUUCGUUUGCCAUGUGGACAGGGGUUCCCCACAUUUUUCCAUUCUGCCAUACUCGCAGCCUGGCGAGUCUUGGCGGAUAGGGGUUGUUGAUUGAAAUAAAAAAGUAAGAUAUAGGAGGCCGCAUUUCUUGUCCUCUUCCCGAGAGGGAGAGCCAAAAGAGUAGUCGUUGUUGCAACUGUUGCAAUGGGCUUCUUCAAGCAGCUAUUGACGACCACCCUCUUGGGCGCGUCCCUUCAGGGGCUGGCUCUCGGCGCCGACUACCCUCAGGCGGACAUCGACUCAGGUAAAGCUUUGAAAGAUAUGGGCAAGUUGGCUUAUGACACUGCCCUUGCUCGUCUCGAUGGAACUGGAAAAUGUACGAAGGAGAAUGUGAGGGUGCGCAAGGAAUGGAGAUACAUUCCCGCAGCAGAGAGAAUAGACUAUGUUAGGGCCGUCAACUGUCUCAUGACAUCGCCAAAUGUGUAUGAGAACGUAACUGGUCCGAAGUCGAUGUUCGACAGCUUCGGCGUUCUGCACUACAAGCUGACGCCAUAUGUCCAUAACUCAGCAUACUUCCUCCUCUUCCAUAGACUCUACGUCUGGACCUUCGAGGAAAAGCUAAGGGAUUUGUGCGGGUACACCGGCACAUUCCCAUACUGGGAGUGGGGUCUCGACGCCACCACCGGCGUCGAAAACUCGCCUAUAUUCGACGGAUCCGAGACUUCGCUCGGCUCUAACGGCGAGAAGACAAACUCGUCCAACACCUUCUUCCCUGGCGGCUCGGGCGGUGGAUGCGUGACCGACGGGCCCUUCACUAACUACACCGUCAACUUCGGUCCUAACACCGCCAGGGACCCGUUAGCUUACAACCCGCGGUGUCUGAAGCGCGACCUAAACACGCAGAUCUGUGCGCAGUGGGCCUCGAUAAAGAACACCACCGAGACCAUCCUGCAAGCCCCGGACAUCGCUCUAUUCCAGGCGAAUCUCCAGGGAGACUUCCGUUGGCCUGCGGCUCGGAAGUGGGGGUUUGCCGUCCACGGCGGUGGCCACUUCUCGAUCGCCGGUGACCCGGGUGGGGACUUCUACUUCUCGCCUCUAGAGCCCGUCUUCUACCUGCACCACGGACAGAUCGAUCGCAUGUACUUCAUCUGGCAGAACCUUGACUGGGAGCAGCGACAGACUAUGGCCGGAACAAUCACCAUGAUGAACCAACCCGCAAGCCGCAACGGAACCCUAGAAGACGUCCUCGACAUCAGCCCAGUCGGCGAGAAAUACACGUUCCGCGAACUUCUCGACACCGUAGGAUCCUCACCCUUCUGUUUCGUGUACGAGUGAGCAGGAGACUCGAGCUCGGGGCCGACCCGCAAGACUUGGGGGUCAGUCAGUGAAGGUUGGCGUUGGGGAGGAGCGGUAGUCUAAGGCUGUUAGUUGCGAAAUACGAGUAGUUACCUUCGAUGGGGGUAUGGCGAUGAAUCUAAUAGACCGCAAAUAGGCGGUGCGGCUGGGGAUCGCUUCCCUAGGUUCACAACCGCACUUGCUAAAUACAUAGUAGUAGAGAAGAAUACACAUCAAAUUGCAAAUCUAGAAAU